GAUUGAGACUCCGGAUAACGGAAAAAGGAAAGGAGAUGCCCAACACAAAAGCCCACGCGAUUGAGACUCCGAAUAACGGAAGAAAGAAAGGAAAUACCCAACACAACAGCCCAGCCAUCGUCUAAGCUUCCCUGGUUGGCCGCUCCAAGCCUCCCAGGGAUGCGAAAAUAGAGGAAAAACGAGGAAAUAUAGGAAAACUCAACGAAAACGAAGGAAAGACAGAAAAUUUCAUUAUCUUUUUCGGAGAUCCGUGGGAAAGGAGAGUCUCAGGUUCCGGCUGGUUUUUUCCUUCGAGGAUAUGGGAUUUUGUGCGAGUUAUGGCGGUGUGAGUCGGUCCCUCGAGGUUUCCAGAGCAUAUCCGUUUCCGCGGGAUCGCAGCAGAAGCUACCGAAGCCAUGGGGAGCAGCGAGCGAUCGAUGCGUGCGAGCGAGAAAGAGAUUGGAUUAGAUUGGAACCCGAAUAAGGAACCGAGUUGGACUUGGGUCUCUGAUCGGGUCUAACCCAACCCAUUUGCACCACCGCUGCCGUUGCGAUGCCGACAACAAAUGGAUAGGAUUCUAAUAUUAUAAACUGUGAUUUUAAAUUACCAGACCACCCCUCGUAGGGUUUAGCUUAGCGGUCUCUCUCUUCCUCCUCCUGCGAUCUCGAGCAAUCGAGAAGCAAUUCCGUGUGCCCUCCAACUGCAGCGGUAUGGAGAACAGCAACGAAACGAAUCAUGCAGCAGCUAGAGAAGUUGGUUGGUACAUUCUUGGCAAGAAUCAAGAACAUAUCGGUCCAUAUGCAUUCUCAGAGUUGCAAGAACAUGUUGCGAACGGAUAUAUAUCUGAGAACACCUUACUGUGGGCUGAAGGGAGAAGUGAAUGGAUGCCACUAUCCUCAAUUCCAGAAUUACAUAUGGGAAUUGCUGCUCGGAGAACCUAUCAGUCUACAACAGGUAGAGUGUCUUUUAAAGAAUCUAGACUCAAGAUUAAUUUUCGGGUUUAUGUGUCUAAUUUUACUGCUUGUUCUGCAGACGCACCAGAUGAUGAGGAUGAUUUUCUGAAAUGGCAGAAGGAGGUUGGAGAGGCUGAGGCAGAGGCCGAGGCUUUGAAACAUGGAACUUCGACUGGUGGCUCUGGUCAAGGAGAGGGUGAACAAGAAGGAAUAGUAGGUCUUGAUGAUAGACCAGGAACACCACCAGAUGGUGAGGAAGAAUUUACGGAUGAUGAUGGAACUACUUAUAAGUGGGAUCGUGGACUUAGGGCAUGGGUUCCUCAAGAUGACCUGUCAAGUAACAGAGACGAAUAUGGACUUGAUGAAAUGACUUAUUCAUUGGAGGAGGAGAUAUUUCCAACACUUCAGGCUCCUGAGAACUCCGCAACAGAAGAAAACAACACCAUGACUGAGAAAGUGGAAACAAAAUCUGAGAAGCGGAAGGUGCCCGAGAAGCCAAUUGAAAAGAAGGAAGCUAAUAAACCUCCAGAUAGUUGGUUUGAGUUAAAAGUGAAUACGCAUGUCUACGUGAUGGGCUUGCCUGAUGAUGUUACUACCGACGAAGUAGUGGAAGUAUUUUCCAAGUGCGGCAUCAUAAAGGAGGACCCUGAAACAAAAAAGCCUCGAGUGAAGAUCUAUGUAGACCAUGAAACAGGCAGAGUAAAGGGGGAUGCACUUGUGACAUAUCUGAAGGAGCCCUCCGUUGCUUUAGCGAUCCAAAUUUUGGAUGGUACCCCACUCCGUCCUGGUGGAAAGAUACCAAUGUCUGUCACCAAAGCUAAGUUUGAGCAAAAAGGAGAAAAAUUUAUAGCAAAGCAUGUGGAUAAGAAAAAGAAAAAGAAACUAAAGAUAGUUGAAUCCAAGAUUCUUGGAUGGGGUGGACAUGAUGAUGCCAAGGUGACAAUUCCGGUGACCAUUGUUUUAAGCAAUAUGUUCAUACCUGCUGAAUUAAGGUCUGAUGAGAAUCUUCUUCCGGAUCUGGAAAUGGAUGUUAGGGAGGAAUGUAUGAAGCUUGGUCCAGUUGAUUCUGUUAAGGUCUGUCAAAAUCAUCCGGAAGGUGUUGUCUUGGUCAAAUUUAAGGAUCGCAGAGAUGGUGCAAAAUGUAUUGAGCUGAUGAAUGGAAGAUGGUUUGGGUGCAGACAGAUACGUGCACGGGAAGAUGAUGGUUCUGUUAACCAUGCUCUUGUUCGUGAUCUCGAUGAAGAGGUGUCUAGGCUGGAGCAAUUUGGUGCCGAACUUGAAGCUGACUGAUACAGAUUAUUUACAAGCAGAAUUGGGGAAUCCUUGUUAUAGCCAGUACAGUGACAGUUAUCGGAUAUAGUUCUUGGGAAGACUACUCAUCUCUACUCUCACUUCCAUGGCUUAUGACCCAUCAAUGGGUUGCACGGAGUCGGAUGAUUUGAUGCAUUUUUGUAGCAUUAUUCCUGUAUAUUCGACUAUAUAAGAGACAUACAAUGUUGCCCAAAUUGUCAUUGAAACACUAAAUGGCUGAUAGUUUGUAGCACAUGGCAGCAGCUCACUGUUUUUGUGGUUCAGCAAAAGUUGUUUCAAUCAGAUUACUGGAGUGCGGUCCUAACCAUAAUGUGUCUUCUCCU